GCAAAUUUUAGACAAGGAGUAAGUAUCCAACUCAAACAAAGCCUUGCAGGUUUAUAUAUACAAAUUUCAAAGAGCCCAUCUUCUUGAUCAAUCUAAAAAGAGACGUUCUUUUGGCAUCCAAAGAUUGUAAGAUAUAGAGAUGGCCUCCUUGAAACUCUUGAUGAUUCUCCUCUUUGGUCUGCUUCAUGCCAUUUUCUUUCUUCCUUCACCGGUGGUCUCUAGUGACAAGGAUGAAGACAAUGUUCUUCAAGGUAUAAACAGUUACAGGUCAUCGUUGCGUCUUCCAACCCUGUCCAAGAAUGAAAACGCAGGAUGUCUGGCAGAUAAAAUUGCUGACAAACUAGAGAACCAACCAUGUAAUGGAACUGGUGCCACCUCUGUUCAAGUAAACAAUUACUCAGGACUACUAUCGAAGUGUAACAUUAAAAUCAACUCCACUACAGAUGGUGCAGUCUUGCCUGUUUGCGUGCGCAAAUUGGUUCCAACUCUGGUGCUUACCAAUUAUACACGAACCCAGUAUGCCAAGUACUUGAAUGAUUCAAGGUUUACAGGGGUAGGACUGGGGUCUGAGGAUGAUUGGAUGGUGGUUGUUUUGAGCACCAACACUUCGUCCGGGAGCUUCUCCGGUGCAGUCAGUUUGAUGUCGUCGGUUGCUUUUUGUCAUUGCUUGGUGUCUCUGUUGGUUGGGAUGCUUGUUUAUGUGCUAGUUUAUUGAAGCGCGUCAAAGUUCAAUCUUUUUGUAUUAGGUUUGUUCUGGACAUUCUCUCAGUCUGUAAUGUAAUGGAUUUGUAAUGAAAUUUCCAUUUCUUGGUUGAGUCGAGUUUGAGUGGUGG